CCCUUUACAGAUCCAACCAAAUAUUGGGAGAGUUUAUUCUCAAACAAUCGUUUGAUUCGCAAAACCUAAAAUCGGUUAAAUAAGUGAGAGAAUCUGAUUUGACGCAAUCGAAUUCACAGAAAAUCCGAGGCGAACAUUCUGCUGGGUUAGUGCGCUCUUGUUGCCUCACAGCUGAUAAAAUGGAUGGUAAUAGGUUUGGAAAAGGGCCAAGAGAACUUACAGGUGCUCGAGAUCUUAUAAGUCACUUCAAGUUGUUACCUCAUCAUGACUUUUUCUGCAAGAAUCCACGUCCUGUGUCAGUACUGGACACACACUACCUCUCCAACGUUGUUGGUGACACAGAGAUCAGGAAAGGGGAAGGGAUGCAAUUGGAUCAGCUUGUUCAGACUACAUUUUCAAGACAUAGUUCUGCAUGUAUAAAGCCAUUUAACUUAGAUUUACUUGGAGAAGCCUUCCACCUUCAGGAAUCAGCACCUGUCAACUUGUCUUCUGCCGAGAAGGGAAUCCCCACGAUUGCUGUAAAAUCCAAAACUGAGUCCAAAGUGAAGGACAAGCACAGAAAGCACAAGGACAAACACAAGGAGAAAGAUAAAGACCGUAAGAAGCACAAAAGAAGUAAAGAGGAGAAGGAGAAAAAGCGAGAGAAACGCGAAAAGAGAAAGAAGCGAGAUGGAGAUGAUGAUACCAGUGGAGUUAAGAAGCACAAGAAAAGUAAGCAUAAGAGCUCAAAGAUUGACGAGGUGGGGGCAAAAUGGUUUCCAGCAUAAAGGGCUGUCAAUAACCUCUCCAUGUCUGUACGUUCUGAGAAUAUCAAGAAAGGUGAAUCGUUGUAUGAAUUUCUUUCAAGAAGAUGUCAAUUGCUACGAAUGAUAUAUAUGCACACGCUGGUGAGUGUUGACAACUCAUGAUGCCUUUCAGUCGAACGUAUGAAUAUCUGCUCGAUACAACUACAGUUCUUUGUCACCAUUGCUUUUGGAAUUAACUUCCAGAUUAGUAGUCAUUUUCAGUAUUAUACUAGUAUAUCUUACAGAUGAAUGACUUGAAUUAGACUUGGCUAAAUUUGAUUUCCAUCUAAUUUAUCCCAUGCUUUAAAAAAUUUCAUUUCUUGCC